CUACUAAGUAGUUCAGUUGGCCGGCGCCGUAUCCACCGCAAGAUGGACUUGACCGCGCAAAUGGAAGAGAUCAGCCGUGAGAAGGAGCGUGUCGCUCGCAUCGCCCGCCUAGCUGAAGAAAAAUACGCCAUCAAACAGAAGGAAAUCGAAGAGGCGGCGAAAAAACCCAAGUUUAUGACGCAGAAAGAGCGAGAAGAAGCAGCGUUAGCUCGUCUCCAGCAACGAGCCAAAAAUGCAGCCACUGCGACGUCGUCGUCAGUGUCGCGGACAUCCUCUUCAUCAGUAUCUUCGAAGUUUGCGAAGGUCAACGAUUCGUCGUUUGAUCGGCAUCGACAAAAUCAGCGCAAAGAGUCAACGUCGAAAUCGUCGUCACAGGCAGAGCCAACAAUGACGCGGGAACAGGAAAAAGAACUGGCGGCGUUGAAGGACCACUACCUUGGAAAGAAAGUGAACAAAAAGAAGGUCCUGAAGGCGAGCGAAAAGUUCUCCAAGAACUUCCAGUUCGAUUGGGAGCCGUCUGAAGACACGUCCGGCGAGUUGAAUCCCCUGUAUAAGCGCCGCCAAGUGAAUCUGCUCUUUGGUCGAGGGUACAUGGCGGGCGUUGACAUGCGCGAGCAGCGCAAGAAAAAUAGCUUUGUCACAGAGUUGGCGCGAAAACGGCAGUUGGAACAAAAACUCGCCGACGAGCAGGCGGGCACCUUGACCGCUGAACAGAUCGCUAAGCGGCAGCGCGACCGCGAACGCGAACUGCGCCGCAUGCAAGAAUGGGAAGCAAACCGCGAGCGCGAGAUCGACAACAUCGAGGCCGAGCGUGUGUUGCAUUGGAGCGACAAGGCGCUGGAGAACAUGUCGGAGCGUGACUGGCGCAUUUUCCGCGAAGACUACGAUAUCAUUUUGCGUGGUGGGAAGGCGCCGAACCCUCUCCGCAAGUGGUCUGAAGCGACGUUCCCAACGUCAGUCAUGGAAGCAGUCAAGUUGAUGGGCUUCGAGAAACCAUCGCCGAUUCAAAUGCAGAGUAUCCCCAUUGGCAUGCAGCGCCGCGAUUGCAUUGGUAUUGCCGAAACAGGCAGUGGAAAGACCGCGGCAUUCUUGAUCCCGAUCAUUUGCUAUGUGAGCUCCGUUCCGCCGUCGAUGGUGACCCGCACGCCGGACCAGGGGCCACUCGCGCUCGUGAUGGCGCCGACGCGAGAGUUGGCAUUGCAAAUCGAAGCCGAGGCGAAGCGAUUGUCCCAGUUGACCAAGAUUGGCGAGGGAGAUACGGAGCACAUUGUCAAGACACUGUCGGUAGUUGGUGGGCAGAAUAUCGAGGACCAAGGGUUUAAGCUGCGCGAAGGCAUUGACAUUUUGAUUGGGACGCCGGGUCGACUCAUGGACUGCAUGGACAGCCACUACUUGGUCCUGAACCAGUGCAACUAUGUCGUGUUGGACGAAGCCGAUCGGAUGAUUGAAGAAGGAUUUGAGGAUCAAGUCACGGGUAUUCUCGACAGCAUGGGGGGCUUGCUCAAGUCGGAGAACGAAGCGGAGCUCGAGGCCCAGCUCAACGCAGCCGACAACGAGUUCAAGUACCGCGUCACGAUGAUGUUUAGCGCCACCAUGCCGGCCAUCGUGGAGAAGCUCGCCAAGACGUAUCUGCGCCACCCCGCCAUCAUCAAGAUUGGCGACGAAAGCUCCGGGAAGAACAAGCGCAUUGAUCAGCAAGUGCACUUUUUGAACGCUGGGAAGAAGCUGGCCAAGCUGUACGACACUGUGCGUGAAAUCCUGCGCAACUCGAAGACCCGUGAGACGGCCAAGAUCAUUGUGUUUGUGAACGAAAAGAAGGGGUGUGACCUCGUGGCCCGGGCCGUCGGGAAAGAAGGGUUUUACGCUACUAUUCUGCACGGUGGCAAGUCGCAAGACCAGCGCGACGAAAGCCUCGCUGGGUUUCGCGACGGCACGUACGAUUUGUUGGUGGCGACUGAUGUGGCUGGACGUGGUCUGGACAUUCCAGACGUCACGCACGUUAUCAAUUACGACGUCCCGAAGGAGAUUGAAAAGUACUGCCAUCGCAUCGGCCGAACGGGGCGUGCCGGAAAGGAAGGCGUAGCGAUCUCGUUCCUCACGGAUCAAGACGAGGACAUUAUGUAUGACUUGAAGACGUACUUGGAAGCGACCGACAUGCCGGUACCACCUCAAUUGGCGAGCCACCCGAUGGCCAAAGCUGCCCCCGGAGCGCGCGACGACAAGGGCAACAUCAUUUCAAAAUCGAAACGUGACACGGUCAUAUAUUCCGGCUAAGGUCGAGGCUCAAUAUACAAGAUAUACAAAACCCUGUUUGUGGCGACGAGGCGGUGGAGGGCCGUCCACAUGAAACCCAGCGCCACGUGGCGUGCUUUCGAGAUGA